GGAGCGGGUCUUCAGCCGCACACGUGUCCGAACCCUUGAUAAGACGCGAUCCGUCGCUGCGCACUCAUUAUACGAACCUUCAUGACAGCGACGACCUAUCCCCGGCACUACCUCUUCCGCGACCUCCCGCCGACUCCAACCGACUCUGGCGAGGAUGGCCGUGCUCCUGAUGAGCACGCGCGUGCUAAUCACAAGGAAUCGUCGAGAAAAUCCCAUACAAAGGUUCAUGAACGCCCUGACUCGCGGACCAAGAAUCAAACACUUAAGCAUACCGAGGCCAGUCACGAUCACGGGACGGCGCUGUCCUGCAUGCGUGUGCCGAGGGUCAAGACGCAGCGUUCGUCUACUCCGAGUUCAGUCAUCAUGAACGCAGCGCGGAUGUCACUGCACAGCAGAGUUCGCGAUUUCAAGCGACGUCUGUUGCCAAGGGGAUUGGCAACUGCUUCCAGGAGACCAAUAUGCAAGGGUUUUGCUGUGCUGCGCAGAACAGUAUCCCGAGUCCGCCCUCGUCGGGCCCUCCGCAAGCUCUCGCAUCAUACUCCAACCCUCCGGACGUUCAGGAAGAAGAAGCAGCACGAUUGCGUGGUCUGCCAGUCGGCGACCCACGGUCCGCAUGUGCGCGUGGCCUGCGGGCACUACUAUGACGUCGCGUGUCUGUUGGACCUUAUCGAAGCAUCGAUCCGCGACGAGUCGCUCUUCCCUCCGCGUUGCUGCCAGCAGCGCAUCCGCGAGCAGUCCUUCGCGCGCUACAUGUCCGCGGAGCUCGCGCACGCAUUCGAAGAGCGCGCCAUCGAGUUCGAGACGGUGCGGCGGGUAUAUUGCGCGAACCCAUCCUGCAGCCGGUUCCUCGGGCCCUGCAUGCCCGAGCUCGGCGCACGGACGUACGCCUGUUCCACGUGCGCCACCUUGACCUGCAACGGCUGCCGCGCGCGCGUCGCCCCGCGCAAGCUGCACAUCUGCCGGCAGGACUCGGGCCAGCGGCAGGUGUUCGCGCUCGCAAGUCAGAAGGGCUGGGCGCGCUGCCCGGCGUGUGACCACAUGAUCGAGCUGCACAGCGGGUGCUAUGAGAUGAAGUGCGUGUGCGGCACGAGGUUCUGCUAUGCGUGCAAGGCGCCGUGGAAGACGUGCGCGUGUCCACGCUGGGAGCAGGUGCAGCUCAGACAAGUCGGUGCGCUCGACAUCCCGCAGAUCCGCCCGCUGUCGCCGUUGGUCCUACGGCGCUCACAGUCCAGUCUUCGUCGGCAGGUAGGGUCUCCACGUCCGAGCCUGCGGGCAUCAUCUCCCUUGUCGCCAUCGCCAUCCGAGCGAUCAUCACGAGUGGAUGUGAUUGACGUUUCAGGCAUCUGUCCACCGGAGACGCUGUUGCUUUUGGACCAGUGGCAUGAUAUGUUACCGCGGAGCAAGGAUCUGCAUUCCCUCUUACUUCGUGGUCUCGUCGCACAAGGCCACCGAAAGACCCGAUCAAUGUAAACAAUAUCGAAACAUUGUAAACCAGGCGCCUUGUUCUAAGUCUAUCUGCUGGUCUGCGAGGGAGGACGUAAACGCCAUCUACAUCUGUGUGGAUGCAUGUGAGCAAGCAUGUCUGAUAAGGAUCCUGCACUUCUCCUUUCUCAACCCAUAUCAUUCCCUCAGGAUGGGUCCUUUCGUCAGAAGCCUGAUGUAUGCACGAGUGUUGCCUCAUGGAGCUCUAGGGGGAGUAGGAUUGACCGACAUGUACGAUUGCGAGUGGAAAUGGAAGCAUCCUACUGUAUUCUAG